UUGUCAUCUCAUCAUUUUUGUUGCUGCUUCUCUGCCGAAAUCAAAGUUCUCAUCGAAAACUUUUUAAAAAUAGCUUCGACGUUAAAUUUUAAAUUUUAAAGUUUCGAAUAAACAAAAUCAAUAUGCCAGACCAUUUGGGCGAUGAUAUGCGAAAAAUUCGCACUCCAGAGGAAAAGGAAGAGAAGGAAAUCAAAACUUUGGAUGAAGGAGACAUUGCAUUGUUGAAGACCUACGGGCAAGGACCAUACUCCAAGUUGAUUAAGGCUACGGAAGAGGAUAUCCAAAACAUUAUCAAGCGUGUGAAUGAGCUGUCUGGAAUUAAGGAGUCUGACACUGGACUCGCUCCUCCAGCCUUGUGGGAUUUGGCUGCUGAUAAGCAAGUUCUUCAAAAUGAGCAACCCCUUCAAGUCGCGAGAUGCACCAAGAUUAUUCGCGGAGCAGAGGGUGAAGAUCCGAAAUACAUUAUCAAUGUGAAACAGUUUGCAAAGUUUGUGGUAGACUUGGCCGACUCUGUGGCUCCCACUGAUAUUGAAGAAGGAAUGCGUGUUGGGGUUGACCGUAACAAGUAUCAGAUCCACAUACCUCUUCCACCAAAAAUCGAUCCAAGUGUAACCAUGAUGCAAGUCGAAGAGAAGCCAGAUGUGACUUAUGCCGAUGUUGGUGGUUGUAAGGAGCAAAUUGAAAAGUUGAGAGAGGUUGUGGAGACACCCUUGUUGCAUCCGGAACGCUUUGUCAACUUGGGAAUUGAACCCCCAAAGGGCGUUUUGCUCUUUGGACCUCCUGGAACUGGAAAGACUCUUUGUGCUCGAGCUGUUGCGAAUCGAACGGACGCCUGUUUCAUUAGAGUUAUUGGAUCUGAAUUGGUCCAGAAAUAUGUAGGGGAGGGGGCACGUAUGGUCCGAGAACUUUUUGAAAUGGCUCGCAGUAAGAAAGCGUGUUUAAUAUUCUUCGACGAAAUUGAUGCCAUUGGAGGUGCCCGUUAUGAUGAUGGAGCUGGUGGUGAUAAUGAAGUUCAGAGAACCAUGUUGGAACUCAUUAACCAGUUGGAUGGUUUCGAUCCUAGAGGAAACAUUAAAGUUCUCAUGGCCACCAACAGACCAGACACUCUUGACCCUGCCCUUAUGCGACCAGGACGGCUUGAUCGUAAAGUGGAAUUUGGACUUCCCGACCUUGAAGGAAGAAGUCACAUUUUUAAGAUUCACGCAAGAUCCAUGUCUACCGAGAAGGAAAUUCGAUUUGAAUUGUUAGCUAGACUGUGUCCCAACUCCACCGGUGCUGAAAUUCGAUCAGUCUGUACCGAGGCAGGAAUGUUUGCUAUUCGAGCAAGAAGGAAAGUGGCAACUGAGAAAGACUUCCUUGAAGCUAUCAACAAAGUCAUUAAGGCGUACGCCAAAUUCUCGGCUACUCCACGUUAUAUGACCUAUAACUAAACUUUAGCGAAACUUUUAUAUGUUGUUUGUAAUGAUAACCAAUUACUCAAAAAAUAUUUCUAAAUACCCCAAUUUGUAUUAGUUCAAUUCAUACUGCUUUAAUUUCCCAUUGUAAAAACAAAAAGAAAAAAUUGUCCAUUAAUUCAGCACGAGAAUUGUUGUGAAUUUAUAAGGUCAUUAUUUUUAUUGUAAAAUCACAUGUCCAAAUUUUAGGCCAAUAAAUCCAAUACAAUAAUCAAGAGAA